AUGGAGCCUUAUUCUGGACACCACUUUAUGAAACAGUUUAUAAGGGGCAAGCCAAUUCGCUAUGGUUUCAAAUGGUGGUGGUCAGCUACAUCUACUGGAUAUCUCAUCAAAUUUGAGCCAUAUGUUGGGGCAAGUCAAAGAGAUCCCCAGAAGACACUGGGGCAGUCUGUUGUUGAAAAGCUUUGUGUGGGCUACAUCCCUCUGAACAGCAGACUGUACAUUGAUAAUUACUUUAACUCUUUGCUCCUACUUGAAUCUUUUUCUUCACAUGGAAUCAAAUGCAUAGGAACCCUGAGAAAUGACCGCUUGGAGAAGGCACCUAUGCCAGAUAUAAAGUGGAAUAGAGGAUCAAGAAAGAAGGUUUCCAUAUCACAGCCUUCUCUUGUGCAGGAAUAUAUUCGCCACAUGGGAGGUGUAGACCUUUUUGACAAUCUACAAAGUUUAUACCACAUUCGAAAAAGAUCAAAGAAAGGGUACUGGCGUUUGAUCAGGUUAUGCCUGACUGGGGCUGUUGUGAAUGUGUGGAUCUUAUACAGACGUAUAGUGCUUUCAGUCCUGACCUCGUCCAACAUUGAAAAGCCAAGAGCUGUGAGACCACGAUUUCUAUCCCAGGUGCAAGAAGACAUCAGAUUUGAUAAUACUGGACAUAUGAUUGAUGAACAGAGCACACAAAGAAGAUGUGGACAGUGUGGGAAAUGCACAAUAUUCCAUUGUUUACUUGUUUCUUCAACAAUUUGUUUUUACCAUAUAUCUUUAACAUGUGAAUAA